AUGGUUCGCUUAGCAGCUUAUGGUGGAUUAAGUACUCUGCUAUUUGUUACAACUAUAGCGAUUUCGUUUCUUCUAAGAAGUAAUUUCUAUGCAGCAUGCAUUUAUUUAUCAAAAUCUAGUGCUUGUAUGAUGAUCCUUAUGAACAUGGGAUUUUUCUUGACGAUUAUAUUUGGAAAAAUUCUUCAAACAAUAUUUUUUGGUCGUUUACGAGUAGUUGAGAUUGAGCAUUUAUAUGAGAGGGCAUGGUAUGCGGUAACAGAAACUUGCCUUGCAAUGACCAUAUUUAGAGAUGAAUUUGAUGCCAAAUUUGUUAUAACAUUUACCUCAUUAUUAUUCUUAAAAAUAUUUCAUUGGUUAUGUCAAGAUCGUGUGGAGUUUAUGGAACAAUCACCAGCUGUGCCAAUUUCUUUUCAUGUUAGAAUGGUUUCUUUAAUGGAAACAUUAUGUGCAGUAGAUGCUUUACUUGUUUAUCAUGCUGUGGAUUUAGCAAUGAAAAAUAUGAGAAGAGAAGAACCAUGGGAAAAUAAAUCAAUAUAUGUUUUCUAUUUGGAACUUAUAACUGACGUUUAUGUCACAAUGAGAUCGUUCCUUCAAAAAUGCGGUGAUCUAAUUAGAUAUAGACGUGCAACAAGAAACAUGAAUGAAAGAUAUCCCAAUGCAACAGUUGAAGAAUUGGAGAGAUUAAGCGAUAAAACUUGUGAUGUGCCAAAAAAAUUACCUUGUGGUCAUAUUUUUCACUUUCAUUGUUUACGUAGUUGGUUAGAAAGACAACAAAGUUGCCCUACUUGUCGUAGACCUGUUUUAACUGAACAACAAACUGCACAACAACCGCAACAAGCACCUUUACUAGCCCCUGCAGCCGCUUUUAAUAAUGCGCCACUUGGAUUCAUAGCUAAUGUUAUACCAGGAUUUCCACCUAUUCCAUAA